AUGGAGAACGAGAAAAGUGUCAAUGAAGGUUACGCUCCUGAACAGGAUCGUCGGGUGUCAGUGCAUACAGCUCCUCUCGAUGCCACACCCAAGACAAGAUGGGAGCGCAGUUGGCCUACCAUUGCCUGUGGUGCUGGACUUUUCUCUGAUGGCUACCUGAAUGGGGUCAUCGGAUCAGUAAACACUAUGCUGAGGAUUCUCUACAAGGACGAAUAUGUCAAUUCUAGCGCCCAGAGCAACGUAUCUUCAAUCGCCUUUGCUGGAACCGUGCUCGGCCAGCUGGUAUUUGGCUAUCUGUCCGAUCACUGGUCCCGACGCCACUCUCUCCUUCUGUCGACCAUCAUCUUGAUUGUAUUUGCCGCUCUAGGAGCCGGCUCAUAUGGCGCUGGCGGGAGCAUUGGAGGCAUGUUUGCCGCUCUCGCAGCAUACCGGUUUCUACUCGGCGUUGGUAUCGGAGGUGAAUACCCCGCCGGUUCAGUGGCGUGUGCCGAGGCGACGGGCGAACUCAAACACGGCCAUCGCAAUCGCUGGUUUAUUUGCUUUACGAACCUCGCAAUCGACGUCGGGUUCGUGGUCUCGUCCUUUGUCCCCAUGAUCAUGGUCUUGAUUUUCACCGAAUCCCAUCUCCGCGCAGCGUGGCGCAUGUGUCUCGGCCUCGGUGUCAUUCCGCCCUUAUCCCUGUUGUACCUGCGAAUCAAGCUCCAGGAACCCGAGGAAUACAACCGCAACAAAAUGAACCGCUACCCCUACUGGCUGAUCUUCAAGUUCUAUUGGUUCCGACUCGUGGUCGUCUCGUUGAUCUGGUUCGUCUACGAUUUCUCCACCUACUCCUUCGGCAUCUACUCUUCUUCGUGGCUUGCCUUUUUGCUGCCGUCCGACGCUCCUCUCUGGAAGACCUUUGGCUGGAACACUGUCAUCAAUCUGUUCUACUGCCCCGGCGCGAUCAUCGGCGCAUUCCUCUCGGACAUCCUGGGCCCAAAAUACUGUCUCAUCCUGGGCGUCACGCUGCAAGGAAUUGUAGGCUUCGUCAUGACGGCGAUAUACAAGCACCUCGACCAGCCGUCGCAGGUGGGUGGGUUUGUUGUCAUGUACGGCAUCUUCCUGGCGCUCGGAGAAGUCGGUCCAGGUGACAACAUUGGGCUGGUCGCGUCCAAGACGUCAGCAACGUCGGUGCGAGGCAUGUACUAUGGCUUCGCGGCCGCGAUGGGAAAAGUCGGGGCGUUUGUGGGAAACUACAUCUUUCCUGAUAUCAUCAAGGCAGCAGGCGACGACGUCAUCAAGCAAGGCCAGUACCCGUUCUACGUUUCGAGCGCGUUGUGUAUCUUUAGCGCCUUGGUUGCGUUGUUCUGCCUCCCGAACAUCGGCCAGGAUACCAUCACUGAGGAAGACGAGAGGUUCAAAGCGUACCUCAUCAAGCACGGCUAUGAUGUCGACACUCUGGGGACGAAGAAGUUUAGAGAGGAGAAGACUUCGUUGGCCACGAGCCCGUGA